AUGUAUGUUAAAUUUAGCAAACACAGGUGUUUCGUUGGGGCUCAUAGUCCUGCACAGUGGCCUAGCUGCAACCGAGUGGUGGAGGCCAUCUUCACAAGGCUCUGUGCCCUCUAUCCAAACGUGGUGCGGUGUGAUGGAGUGAGGGUGUCCCGCUUCACAAUGGUGGUGCGUGCCUACAAGCACAUCCGAGAGUGCAUCCUCAACAAUGCUAAGGUGAUGAGCGAGACCACCAUCCAGCUCCCAGAAGUUAACACUGCAACAGUCACACAAUGGUACAGCAGGCGUUGUAAGUCACAGGAACAGGAGAUAUUGAAACAGGGUAUCCAAGCCCCUGAAGCACCCAUGGCAGGACCUGAGAACCUUCCUGCUGCUAUGCAGAAAGGACCGACUCUCUGUUCCAGCAAUUUGUCAGAGCCACACCUUUUUAUCCUGCCACCAAAUACUGCUGGGGAGGCUAAACUCAAAGGGAGGUCGCAACCUCAGGCCAUCUUCCAGGCUCCACCAUCACAUCAAGGACUUCCUGUCCCUAUUGCACCAGCACCACCUGUCUCUCUCCCUUUCAUUUUACCACCUGUGCAGCUUCCUACAGUUCCUGGUACCUCACAGGUGAUGUUCUUCAACCUCCCAUUACCUUCAGCUAUGCCACCAUCAGCUCAGACACAGACAUCCAGUCAACCGGUUCCUUACUCCACUCAGCAAUAUAGAAAGAGAAAACAGAAGAGGGAGAGCGCUGGAACAGUGACAAGAAAGUAUGUUAGGAAGACAGACGUCAUUCUUUGCAGAAAGUGCAAUAAGGAGAGAAAGCCACCAACACAUCUGCAGUACUUUGGCAACUGGUACUGCGAAGAGUCUGAGACUAAAUCAUAUGAUGAAUGGAGAGCUGUGCUGAUGGAACGAGGUUAUAGGAAAAAAAAGCCAGGAAAUGACAACCCUCCAGCUUCUUAAAAUUGCUCUU